AUGACACAACCAAUGGUACAAGAUUUAAGUAAUGUUGCAGAGGCUGCCAUUACAACCAACAGAGAAGUUGCCAAGAAAAAUUUAAAUGAAGCCAUUGAUAAUCUAUUGGUUGCAGAGAAACAAUGUAGACAAGUAGAAGAUGCAACAUCAACAUCAAAGAUCGCUGUUGAAAUCAUUAAAUUAUGUUAUGAAGCAAAGAAAUUGGAUUUGGUCAAUGAGAAAUUGGUUUUACUUUCAAAGAGAAGAGGUCAAUCAAGAGCUGCAAUUAGAGCAAUCGUACAAGAAGCAAUGAUAUAUGUAGAUGAAAUUAAAGAUAUGAAAUUGAAAUUGGAAUUGAUUGAUACACUUAGAACUAUCACUGAUGGAAAGAUUUUUGUUGAAAAUGAACGUGCAAGAUUGACUAGAACAUUGUCAAAGAUCAAAGAGGAUGAAGGUAAUAUUUCGGAUGCUGCCAAGAUUUUGCAGGAUCUCCAGGUUGAGACAUACGGUUCGAUGGAGAAGCGUGAGAAGAUUCAGUUCUUCAUUGAGCAGAUGCGACUCUGUAUGAACAACAAGGACUUUAUUCGUGCACAACUCAUUGCCAAUAAGGUCAAUAGAAAGACGUUGGCCGAGGAUGAAUCACACGACUUGAAGGUCGAGUUCUACAAGCAGUUGAUCCGUUACUACACCAACGACGCCAACUACCUGGAGAUCACACGUUGCUACCUCCAGAUCUACGACACCCCCUACAUCCAGAAGGACCUCGAGCAAAUGAACGCCGCACUCAAGCUGGCCUGUAUCAACAUCGUGCUCACCCCAAUGGGAAGCGAACAGAGCGAUCUCCUCAAUCGUAUACUCGACUACAAACCACUCAACAACUUGGCGGUCUACAAGGAUCUGCUCACCCGUUUCAAAACGAUCGAACUCAUCAGAUGGACCAGCUUUGUCGAGGUGUUCAAGACCGAGUUGAACACACAGUCCAUCUUCUCGGGCGAGAAGAACUGCUGGAACGACUUGCGUAGUCGUGUCGUCGAGCACAACAUCCGUGUAGUCUCCACCUACUACAAGAGAAUCUCUACCAAGAGACUUGCUGAACUUUUAGAUUUAACUUUAGACGAAUCUGAGAAAUUCAUUUCAGAUUUAGUUUCAAAUAAAACUAUUUUCGCAAGAAUCGACAGACCUGCUGGAAUUGCAACUUUUGUCGCUCCAAAAGAUUCCAGUACAGUUUUGAAUGGAUGGGCUGCCGAUAUCUCCUCACUUUUAGAUUUAGUUGAAAAGACCAACCAUUUGAUUCAAAGAGAGUUUAUGAUUCACAAAGUUAUUUAA